GAUCAUAUAAAUUUGAUAGAGAAUUCGGAGCAAAGUGAGAUUGUCCUGUACAUACGAGCGACGUUAAAAUCCAGUCCACCCAAACAACAGGACAAGAAACAGACGUCCGUACAAGAUGAAAAAUCGUCACGUGAACUCACGCCGCAAACGCCAAUAACUCCGAAGAUGAAAACACGCAAGCUUAGUCAGGAUAUACACGACUCUCUUGGUGAUAUUUUUAAGAAGAUUGGGACCAAGGAGACUACGAAAGAGGGUCUCGUGGCUCUUUACAAUUUUCGACUAAAGCAUAAAGAUGUGGACAUAGAGCCUUUUCUCGAGCAGACGUCGGAUUUCUUUCAAAAAUAUAUCGCUCGAGGUCUCAAAACUAUCGAAGACGAACGCAAGAUUGAUAACACAGAAAAUAUCGAAGUGCGACAAACCGCCGCAUCAACUACGGAAGACCCAUCCUACUUUCGUGAUCGGCUUGCUUUAUUGCAGAAAAAAUAUGGAGAUAUUCGCGCAAAGGAGCCAGAAAAAACAAUACAGCCAGAUCCAAUUGCAGUGAAAAAAACACCCGAAAGCUUGGAAACUGUCGACAAUAACCUCAUUCUGACUUCAAUACCAAAACCACAAAGUGCUGAUAUGGAAGCCGGCAACGAGAGGUCUGGGGAGAGUUCGACGGAUCUUUCAGAACUACGAAAGCGACUCGAGAAAAUCAAGAAAAAAGCUUUAUAACUAAUAUCAGCUGUCUUACCUAUUAUUAAGUAAAUUGAUAUAAAUGACUUUGUUCAUUCAAAUUUUUUGUUUAUAUUUAAAUUAUAGUGCUUUAGUUAUGUUCAUUGUUCAGUUUGUAAUGAUAAAAUUAAAAUCAAUACCAAUGCA